AUAAAUGCUUAUACUCCACAUUAUAAACAGACACACAAACCAAUCCUCCUUGCUUUUAUAAAUGCGCAGCACACCCACGGUAAUUUGACAAGGACAGGCUUACUGCUUCCUAAAAUAACUCCUGUCCCCCCGCCUAACCUCCUCAGUUACUGUAGCUUCUUUUCCCCACAGCUCCCAGCAUGCCAGGGAGUGGCUGGGAGUGUCAGACUGUUUUCUUUUGGACUGGGGUCGUGCAGUGGGCUAUAGAGUGGACACCAGCAAGGACUCACUGAUCUGAAGUUUGAAGGCUAAAGAGAAUAGAACAGUGAAGGAGGUUUCAGGCUGGAGUUAUGAAGGUGGGAGCUGCAGCUUUGGCUGGGGGUAUAUUUGGGGCAUUAGGGACCCUGUGUUUCUUCCUGGCCUUUGGGACAGACUACUGGCUGGUGGCCAGUGACAACUGCGGACCAUAUACAUGGUCGACACAAACAACACCAACAGGGGAGAAAGAUGCCAAUGGGACUGAGAUCCAGUUUGUGAAGGCAGUCACUGUUGCUCCUUCAUCUCUCAGUCUCCACCAUGAGGGCUUUUUCUGGCGUUGCGUGUUCCAGGUGGACCCCACAGCACACGCAGUCCUGGCUACUCUCUUCACAAACCAGCCAGAAUCCAAGGUGUGUAUCCAUGGUUACCUCUUUCCUCUGCCAGUGGCACUUGGACAAGUGCCUCAUCCAAGUUAUGAUGCUACAGCAGUGUUUCGGGGUUUCUGGACUGUGCUGAUAAUCCUCGGGCUGGUCUUGGCUCUGACUGGAGGUUUCCUCUUGGUCUGUGGUGUCCCGUUCAUCAGCCACAAACUGUACAAGCUGGGAGGGGCCUUCCUCAUCGCUGCUGCCUGCUUGUUCCUGGCCGUGCUGCUGCUCUAUGUGCUGUGGAUGGAGCUGGUGGAUGUGAGGCGCUACAUCCUCCAGGAGAGAGGGGAGGCAUGUCCAAGUGCACACGUUUCAGUGCUCUACGGUCUGUCAUUCAUGGUGGCGGCAGCUGGCGUGCCUCUGGAGCUUGUUUCUGGGUUGGUCUUCAUGCUGGUGGGCCGAGCGCUGCAAGCAAGCAAGUGAGCUGGCCAUCUGGCCUGUAGGAGAAGAGAGGACUGACCUUUUUAUGUCCCGCAAUGGGACUCAGCAGGACACUUCUGGGAUGUACAUAAAUACUGGUUGGAAAGAUACGACCAACAUUAUAGCACCACCUUUUGGAUAUUAAGUAGCAUGCAGUCACAGACACUAGUUUGGUGUAUCAGUUCCACUUAUUUGUUUUGAAUGAUUUCUAUUUAAAAAUCACUAUUGCUAGGGAAUAAUAAUACCACAAUAUAUCAAUUUAUGGGAUUAACAUGGUGUAAUAUGGAUAUGCUAUUAGCAGUAAGGAGCAAUAUUUGAUGUGCCAAGUUUUUUUUUACACAAGACUGUGUUAAUACACUCAGUUGCAUUCUACUGUCAUUCUACCAAUUGCCAUUUUUAUUAAUGCUGCAAACGAUGGGUCCACAGCACAGAAAGUGAGAAAUGCAUGGGUGAACCAGCUGUGUCCCCUGUCCUGACUUUGGCACACGAUCAAAGAAGGUUAGCUGGAGCGGAGUGAGAUGGGAGGGAGGAGUGGCUGUGUGGCUGGAUGGACUGGGGACAGAAGUGGUAGGU